AUGUCGACCUACGAAAUUGAACACAACACCACCGACCCGUCAACGGCCACCCAGCCCCCGCGACGCCGUCGCCCCGAUCUUUCCACCUUCUUCGCAACUUUGUCCGAGAUCACCCCGGGCCCCGACCACCGCCCUCAUGCGGUCCCCGUCCCAGGAGACAUCAGCACCGCCUUCUACUCUCUCGCCGAGGCGCUGGAGGUAAUGCGCCGAGAUGCUGACGCCGCGCCAGAAUCUGAACAAGCGGCCGGCGCGGGCGACGGCGACGACACGGGUCGUGAUCUUUUGACGCGCAUGAUACAGUCGCUGCUGAGCGAGGCCGACACGCCGCCGCGGGAAGUGGAGGGAGUGAGCGAGGAUUUCUGCGAUAUGCUCGACCGCGUCCCAAAAUCCUCACUUAAACCCUCUGACAUCUGUCCCAUCUGCAACAACCCCUUCGUCGAAGACCCUUACCCGCUCGUCGUGCAGCUUCCUUGCCACCCGACCCACCGCUUCGAUCUCGAGUGUGUGCGGCCGUGGCUUCGACUGCGUGGUACAUGUCCGCUGGACCGGUUUGAUUUCGCCAAGCAGCUGCGGGAGAAGGCUGAAGAGCGCAAGAAGCUCGUGGAGGAGGAUGAAGAGGAGGAGUGGGAUGGCAUGUAUGGGUGA